AUGGCGGUGUUGUAUGGCGUUCUCCUGAAACAAUUCCGAUAUCAUGGGAAAUAAAGGAUAAAAUAUUAUUUAUCCACUAUUCAUGAACUUCUGAGAGAAGAAAUUCAGUGACACGUGUUAUCGAUUUUAUCGGAACUUUUUGAGACUUCUGAGACAGGAUUUAAUAAGAAUAAUGGAUCAGGCGCCUUCAGAUAAUGAGCUGAGGAAGAUAAUUGACAAACUGGCUCAGUUUGUUGCUCGCAAUGGCCCUGAGUUUGAGCAGAUGACGAAGAACAAGCAGAAGGACAAUCCUAAAUUCAGUUUCUUGUUCGGGGGAGACUAUUUCAAUUAUUAUCAGUAUAAAGUGACCACCGAGCAAGCGAUUUUAAAGCAAAAGGAAAUAAAUCCAAUGCAAAAUGCAGAUCCACGUUUAAACGUUUCGCAGCAGCAGCAAGUGACAGGCCAACCAGUUCCCCAGCUGAAUAAUGUCACCCUGAAUACCCAAAACAACGGUAUGAGCCAGGUGGGUCCUGUUGGUGUGAUUCCAGCAAUGCAGAAUGCAGGACCACCUGCUGGCAUUGGACCAGUUGGCAGUGUUAUGACUGGAGUUAAUCCUCCGAUGGGUGGACCUGGACCUGGUGUGGGUAUCAAUGGGCCACCAGCUUGGCUCCAGAAUGAAUUGCAGAAUCUUCAGUCCCAGCAGGCGACCCUCCAGGAGCAGGUCAAGCAGUCUGGUGUGAAUCUGGGGGCUCAGCAUGCUGCACUCAUGGCACAACAGCAGGGAAGAGUGGAGGAUGCUGUGAGACAGGCCCAGGAAGGGGCACUGCAGAGCUCUGCACAGAGCACUGAGACCGAUCUCGUUGCUUUCGAUGCUGUCCUUCAGCCUAUCAUUGACAGCUGCACCAAAGACAGCAUCAGUACUGGAAAGGCCUGGAUUUUACAGUACAGUGUAACUGCUGCUAGUAAUCAGGUCAUUGCUGAGCACUUGUUGAAGAGGGUCAUCCAGAGCACGACUUUUAACCAGAAACUUCAUAUUAUUUAUCUCGUUAACGACGUCUUGCAUCAUUGUGCUAGAAAAAAGACUGGAGAUCUCAGAAAGGCAAUGGAGAACGUGGUGGUCCCCAUGUUUUGCAAUACGUCAUUAGCAGCGAGUGACGAUCAACUGACAAAACUGAACAAACUCCUGAGUCUUUGGGAAUCGAAGAAUAAUUACUUCGACGAGGGAAUAAUUGAGAAACUCAAGCAACCCAGUACCUCGUGGUCUGACUAUCAGGCGGGUCUUGUAUCGCAAUUCGCAAGUGCAAUCACUCCAAUCACAACAUCGACGAAACAGACGUACGAUAAUUAUCAAGCACAGCAUCAGGCAUUUGUGGAGCAUGCGAAAAAUCAGAUCGCUAGUAUUGAGCAACGGAAAAGAGCCAUUGAACAACAGCUCAUGGCACCUGCACCUCCACCAAUGCCACCAAUGGUGCCAAAUCAGCAGAAUAUGAAUCUGCCACCGAGCCACUCAGGGCCGCCACCUCCAAUGGCCGGUGAUUUGAAUUUCACUCAGCCACCACCGGGAUGGGGUGUUACUCAGCCCCCAGGACCACCUCCAUUUGCAACAGUACCACUGCCAGAUCUAUCGAAGCCACCACCUGGUUUUGGACCACCUCCAGUGAUUCAUGAGCCCUCGGUGGAGGAUCUCAUGCCCAGUAUGCCUUAUUUCGAGCUACCAGCUGGUCUCAUGGUGCCUCUCAUUAAGCUCGAGGACGGGGAGUACAAGCCACUGGAUCCUGAUGCGAUCAGACUCCCACCACCAGCUCCACCGAGUGAUCGACUUGUCGCCGCUGUCGAAGCGUUCUACGCACCGCCCAAUCAUGAUUCACCCAGGGAUAGUGAUGGUUGGGAGAAACUGGGGCUGUACGAGUACUACAAAGCAAAAAAUGUAGCUCGUAAGCGAAAGGAGGAGGACGUGAUGUCAGGAGUUCGUGAUAAAUCGAGAUCACCAUCUCCAAUCCUCCGACCACGCUCCAAAAGCCCAAGUCCACCAAAGAAACGAUACAGAAGUAAAUCACGGUCUCGAUCUCGUUCGAGAUCCCGGGGUCGCAGUAAAUCCCGUUCACCAGCAUCGAAUCAUCGGAGGAACAGUCGCAGUGGAGUACACGGAACACACAACAGUAGAAAUCGAAGGAGAAGAAAUAGUAAUAAAGAGAGAAGUCCAGACCGGAGGAGUGACAGGGAGAGGAGUCCAACACCUCCGAGUUUUCUUGGGUCAACCUAUAGUAAAGGGCCCGUCGAGUCUUCCCUGGAUGAGAGCAACAAGGGUCAUCAGUUGCUGAAGAAAAUGGGAUGGGGUGGGGCGGGUCUCGGGGCCAAUGAACAGGGGAUUGAGGCCCCGAUUUCUGGGGGAGAGAUCAGGGACAGGAAUGAUCAGUACAAAGGGGUUGGAAUUAAUCUCAACGACCCUUAUGAGAAUUUCAGAAAGAGCAAGGGGCAGGCUUUCAUCACGAGGAUGAAGGCUAGGGCUGAGGAAAGGGCUGAGGAGAGGGGGGACAGGGACUGAGGGGAGAAAAAAUUAAUUACUUGGUUGAAUGAGAAAAGAUUCUUGGUAUCUCCAGUUGGAAAUAUUCCUCGAUUGGAUUUAUAGAGAACUUUUUAUUUGGAAAUUCUCUCGGUCCUUUCGUGAUUCAAUUCAGAUUUUUGUUCCAUCGUUUCAAUUCUCUUGGAUAUGAUCUUUCGGUCUUAUCGUUCAGCAUGCAUUAGCGAAUUGCAUUCCUUUUUUCGUUGACGUGAAUGGGGGAAAUAGUAAUUGUAAAUUGAGAGGGUAUCCGGAGUUCUGUUUUUAUGAAUCCAUUUGUCAAUUGUGAGGUCGAUUGUGGAGUUUCGAGGUGUUGGAGAUGAAUACGAUUGUGAAUACUCCAAUGAGACGAGGAGGACGUAAUGUACAAAGAAUUAAUUAUUGUUCAAUAAGAAAAAAGGAACUUAAUUUUA